UCGCCUACCGGGUCUGGAUCGAGUUUUUCCCGGCCCGCUAACCACUGUGUUCCCCAACCCGGGAUCCGUCUCCCCUCGCGAGAGCUCGAGACACCCCCCAUGUCGCGGUAGGAAGACCGUCCGAACCCUAACCCUAGCUCGAUCCACCGGCGUCCCCGUCCUCCUCCGGCCAUCCUCCAUGGACGCGAAGGACAUCCUCGGGCUCCAGAAGACCUCAUUCCCGUCCGCCCAGGAGAAGAAGCCGCGGGCGCCCAAGGAGCCGCAGCGCAAGCCCGAUGGCGUCUCGCGCGAGGUGUACGCGCUCACCGGAGGGGUCGGAAUGGCGCCGCUCAUGCCGACCAUCGAGGCCUCGCACCUGAAGCGCCGGCCUGCUGUCGAGAAGGAGAAGGUAGCAUGGCAGUGGCUGCCUUUCACGUCAUCUGCACGAACUGACAAUCUGCAACUUUACCACUGGGUUAGAGUUGUAAAUAAUGUUCCACCAACUGGUGAUUAUGACUUCGCAAAAUAUAACACGAAGGUGGAUGUUCUUAAAUACACCGAUGAGGAGUAUGAGAAAUAUUUAACUGAACCUACAUGGAGCAGAGAAGAAACAGAUCAGCUAUUUGAAUUAUGUCAGCGCUUUGACCUUCGUUUCAUAGUAAUAGCAGAUAGGUUUCCAACUGCUCGCAGUGUGGAAGAUCUAAAGAGCCGUUAUUAUUCAGUUACUAGGGCCCUUCUAAUUGCAAGAGCUCGAUCAUUCGAUGAAGUUGCCGGAAACCCUCUUGUGAAGGAAACCUUCAAUGCUGCUCAUGAGACUGAGAGAAAACGUGCAUUGUCUGCACUCUUCUCCCAAACAAAACAGCAAGAACGAAAGGAUGCCGAGGUUUUAGCAGAAGCAAAACGCAUUAUGGAAUCUCGUGCUGCUAAUAAAAACGUGGAAGAAGCCGGAGCACCGACGAGCUUGCCUAAUGCUGCGGUUCCUGCUGACGGUGUAUCUCCCUUGAGCAACAAUCUUCCAUCUUCAGCUGCUACACAUCCAGCUGCAGCAGCGAAUACCUCCAUACCUGAUACACUGCGGAUGCUUAAAGUGUAUUUGAGAACCCAUGCACUUGAUCAAAUGGUUCAAGCAGUAACUGCUUCAGCUGGCAUUAGAAUGAUUAAAAGGGUGGAUCAAACUCUACAAGAUCUUGGGGUAAAUUUGAAGCCUAAGGUCCCAACAAAAGCAGUUUGUGCCGAACAUCUUGAGUUACGGAACGAGAUACUCACACUGCUUAACAUACAGAAGCAGCUACAAAAUAAAGAGGCUGAAGUUUUAGCAAACAGAGAAAGUUCAUUCACAGAGGCACCGACCACACCUAAGCGUUCUAAUAGAGAUAUUGAUCGACCCUUUGUCCCUGACAUGGCUGGGUUUGGAGGUGAGAGAGCAGUCAAACGGGAUCACAAGAGGAAGACCACUGGGAGAUUUGAUGCACCCCCCUCGCCAACCCAGGGCAAGAGGCCUCGGAAGAUGAAGGCGUCCGAUUGAUAAUCGGACACAGCAUAAAACAUCGGGAUGUAGCCAAAUAACCAGAGCCGGCCCUGGGCCAGGGCAAGAAGGACGAUGGCCAAGGAAAAUAGGACUAGUCUUUUGUACACUAGGUUAGCCGUGCACCACCUGUUUUGUAAAAUGGAAUUGAUGGUGGUUUUAACCUUGUUGUUGAUUGUGGAAAUGAACAAUGUUUUGUGCAAAGCAAUGUGCACGACGAUUCAGAGCAGAGCAAGAGUUUGAACUUGAUUCCAGAAA